AUGCCGGCGAGGUGGUUGUCGAUUCGAAAGAGAAACCCUCUACAUCAGCACGAUCCGGAUUUACCACCUCCGGCAAAACAACAGGACUUUGAUUUUGCUUUUGGAGAGCCGCCUUCAGCUCCUCAGACCGACGCGGCCAGAGUUGGGCCCAGGCUCGUUCAGAUACGCCCAACAACAUCUGGAGGCAACACAGGCAAGAGGAAACCACGGGUCGAGGUGCCUUCAAGACGACCACGGACUACAGAGGCUCAUAAACCCUCGCCGCUGCAGAACCCCAAUGGUAUCUCGAGGUCGGAGGACAGCUUUAUAGGCCUGGCCUUCGGUAGCCCAAGCCAUCCGCCUGCGAGUUUCGGGGCCCAUGUCGAGGCGGGCAGUUCACCGGAGCACAACCCUUUCGCUCGGCACCAACAAGGACUCCGAGACAAGACCAGCCAAAUGCAAUCCAAGAGAUGGAGGAAGAUUGGCACUCUGUUCAAGCCACGACAUGUUCUCAGACGGGACGAAGUGCCAUCAGGACCGACCAUUGGCCUGCCUACGGGUUUGAUAGUGUUAGACAAAGACCCAGCUCUGUCGCCGGACCAUGCUGGGCAGGACAGGUUAAGAGUUGGACUACCAGAGCAGCCAACGCGUGAGCCGCCUCCGCCACCCCUCGAGAAGCAUGCCAAAACAGCACCGAGAGCUGCAGACUUGCCUGCACAAGGCCCCGAAGACGACUCAAUGUCCAGACCUUCUAGCGCAACCGCAACCGACACCGGCUCCAUGACCGGAGAGCCUCACAGAAGACCGCCAAUACCUAAGCUAGAACUAGCCAUCCCCCGCAACCUGGACGCUGCAAAGCGCUCCUCGUCCCUCCUAGCCAGACGAAGCAAGACGUUGGAGAGUUUGAAAUCGCUCGAGGACAGCCGACCUACCACCAAGGGCACCAUCGACGGUGGCCUCGAUGACGGCUCGAAACCUGACUCAAAGCCUCUCACACCACUCAAGCCACCGAGACGGCUAACCACUCCCACAAUGACCAGAUCACCGGCAGUGAGCAAGUACUCGCUAUUUCCAACCCCGUCUCCGGCCCCUGUCAAGUUCGUAGGCAGAGUGCCCGGCACGGAGCAUGACACCCUCUCCGCAGGUCAACUAAAGAGAUCAGCCACCUCGCCCGCGCGACUGUCUCCGAUGCAAGACCACUUCGGCGAUGUAUCUAAGCCGGUCCCACUCAACCCUAGGAGGAUAGACCCCGUCGAGCCAUAUUUUAACAGCCCGGAGGAUAAUACAGCAUCCACAGACCGUGAAGCACCUUGGAGCUCUGCUCAUUCUUUUCAAUCAUCUGUAUCCUCUGCCACGACUGUCGAUGAGAUAUUCUUCGACAUCAAGUCUUUCCGGGACUCGAAGGGUGUCGAGGAUGGGCAUUUUGUCAUGACGAGGCCGGACUCUGCACAAGUUGAGCUUGCUCGCACCAGGUCGAAGCGGGCAGCCCCUUCGAGUCGCCUGCGGCAGAUGGAGGCUUCGACGUCCGAUGAACAUCCGUCGGAGCCAGCUCCAGCAUCUAGCGGCAGCCAGUCUGCGUUGACGACGAAACAUACUUCCGUCAACACGGCUUACUUCGACGAGGCGAUUGCUGCGGUGGAAAGACUCACCACGCCGACAGCGGGUAUGCCUCGUGUAGGUGUGCAGCCGGCAAUUCCGACUGUCACAGUUGCAGACCAUGACGACAAGCCACCGCUGCCCUCGCUGUCCAAGCUGCAACCUUCGAAGCCUGCGGACCAUCAUCUCAGGCUCACCAGUAAAAGCCACGAGGAAGUCAGCCGCCUGAUCCCCUCUCCAGUGGUAGAGUCGAAAGAAGAUGACUCGCCCAAACCUGACGCGUCACCCACAACAGGCCCCAAGACUCGACAAAUCCUGGUCGCAAAGGUGGUCUCUCCCCAGUUUGCCGCGAUCAAGUGCGUCGAUCGGCCUAUUGACGACUCGCCGACCAUCCCUCAAGGUCCUCCUAGCCCGAAAAGAACUCCAAAACCUCCCUCGCCUUCGGAAGACAAGCCACCACCGGUGCCCAAAAAGGAUGCCAAGUUCAUCCCGAUGUCCAAGUAUGCGCCCAAGGGUACUGUAAACGCCAUCGAACGGCGAUCCGGCGUCACCCCCACACGACCUGUACGGGCCAACACCGAAGACCUGGCCGUACGUCAGCCGUCACAACGGGUGUCAAAGGAACGAUCGGCGACAAUGCCAUCUUCCGUCCAGACGCAACCACCUAACCAGUCUCCUCAGAGUUCGUCUCUCCGUGGUCUCGAGAAGACGGUCCCGCCUCGUCCCAACCCGGUUGCCUUGAACCCUAUGGGACCCGCCGAAGUCGCCAUUGCGCGGACGGUCUCCCUUUCUCGCAAACAAUCUGCUCGUGUGCACAUUCCUGGGCCUCGCCUGGCCGCCCGCCGCGCGGAAGCUCAAGCCUCGGCUCAGACGCAGACGCCGACGCAAACGCAAGCCCAAGCGCAAUCACAACAGCUUCAGCGCCAACCCUCGGCCCACCGGCGGAACCCAUCCACUGUGUCGCAAAAGUCCAACAAAUCGCCCAAAGCACCCAAGGGCAGCAUCCUGGGCCACCGACACAACCGGACCACCUCGUCGGCGAAGUCUACCCACCGGGCUUCCAAGGACUUCUCGUCCAAGACCAAGGUUGUCAAGACACCGGCAGAUGGCAAAUCCGGCGGUUUCGGUAAAUUCAUGUGGAGCAAGGAGUCCGAGAAGCAACUCAUCAAGGAGGCUCGGAAGUGGGAGAUCCUCGAGAAGAAGAGCUACUCGCCCAUUGUCGUGCAGGCUGAGAUGGGUCAUCGGCCUGGACUUUCCGUGGGACUGGUCGUGGAGGGUACCUGA